AAGAUUUCUAGCUUUAUUUUAGUGUAUCGUCCACAAAGCGUGAUAGGAGAACUGAUCCCACACACUAUUAUUGAUUUUGAAAGCGUGAAAGAAAAUGUCUGUUCCACCAAAGUAUGAUGACCUUGGUAAAGAGUCCAGGGAUGUGUUUGGAAAGGGAUACGGAUUUGGGUCAGUCAAGCUUGACUUAAAGACAAAAACAAAAAACAAUGUGGAAUUUGUAACCUCUGGUUCAUCUAACAAUGACACAGGAAAGGUGUUUGGUAGUUUGGAAACAAAGUACAAAUAUGCGGAUUAUGGUGUUACCUUGGCUGAGAAAUGGACGACAGACAAUUUCCUGACCUCGCAAAUCACAGUAGAAGACCAGAUAGCCAAAGGACUCAAAUUGGAAUUUGACACAAGCUUUGCACCCAACACUGGGAAGAAAUCUGCCAAGAUAAAGAGUGCUUACAAGCAGGAUUACUUCCAUGGCACUGGAGAUGUUGACUUUGAUUUUGCUGGUCCAACAGUUCAAGCAUCUGCAGUUGUAGGAUAUGAAGGCUGGGUGGCUGGUUAUCAGGCUGCUUAUGACACUGCCAAGUCUAAACUGAUUGGCAACAACUUUUCCUUUGGUUAUCGAGGAGGUGACUUCCACAUUCACUCCUCUGUGAAUGAUGCCUCUAGAUUUACUGGAUCAAUUUAUCACAAGCUUAGCAGCAACCUUGAUGCUGCAGCAGAGCUCAACUGGGCAUCUAGUAGCAGCAGUACUUCAUUCCAAGUUGGUUGCAAGUAUGAUGUAGACAAAGAUGCAUCUUUUAGGGCUAAAGUGAACAACAACAGCCAAGUGGGUGUAGCCUACACCCAGCGUCUUCGUGAUGGAAUCAAGCUCACUCUUUCUUCACUGAUUGACACCAAGAAUCUCAACCAAGGAGGACACAAAAUUGGUCUGGGUCUGGACAUGGAAGCUUGAGAAGUUGGCAGUGAACUUUUCUCCUACAAUAAAACAACUGCUGAGUGAAGCAGUGUGUACUGAAAUUUAGUUUUUUUUUCAUUCAGUGUGAGAAAGCUUCUGCUUUACAGAGCGAAUGCUUUAAGGGCUAAAAUAUGUGUAAAGUCAGGCAUGCAUGCAAUUGAUUUGUUUUGAAUAAACUUCAAAGUAACCUGUUGCUUUCUUAUCCCAA